CUUUCAUGACAAGAUGGUAGAAUACAUUACUGUGAAUGAUGCCGACCUUGCCUACCGCCUGGUCGGGCCCAAUGAUGCUCCCUUGGUCGUCACUCUACACGGUGGUCGUGGAUUCGGAGACCACACCUCCGACUUUAGAGCAUACUCCCCUCUUUCUCAGGAUGACUUCCGCAUUCUUUCGUUCGACUAUCGUGGACAUGGCCAGAGUUCGCGCACCAAGCCGUAUACUUUCCAACAACUAGUGAACGACAUAGAAGCCCUUCGACGUCACUUUGCAGGACCAGACACGCCGUGCAUCAUCUGCGGCGGCAGCUUCGGUGGUUUCCUGGCGCUGCAGUACUCCAUUGAGUACGCCGAUAAAGUGUCUCAUUUGAUCUUGAGAGGCACUGCUGCCUCGCACCAUCACGAGGAACAGGCCAUUCAAACCCUUGAAGCCCGUCUCCAUCGAGCCCCCGGGAUGAGCAUCAACAUGCUCCGUGACAAGAUCUUCGGUCACUUCAACAGUGACAUCGAGUUCCAGCUCGUGAUGCACGCUGCCGCACCGCUCUAUCGAGAGGAGUUUGAUCCUGAUCUUGCUCUGCAGCAGAAUCUCGCUACGGUGUUCAAUGCCGAGUCGCAUAAUGAUCUUUACGCCGCACCAGAGAAGUUCUUUGACUAUCGAGAUCGGCUCCAUCGGAUCAGUGCGAAGACUCUAGCCAUCGUUGGAGAAAAAGACUGGAUUUGUCCGCCGGGCCAAUCCGAGAUUAUUGUGGCCGGGAUCCCGGGAGCUAAGUUGGCGAUUGUGGCUGGCGCAAAUCAUAGUGUGCAUUUGGAGAAAAAUGAAAUUGUUUUGAAGAUGAUUCGGGCGCAUUUGGCUCGGGAUUCAGACUCUCAGCAGGAUGGUACCGCCCAGCUUCAUUGGCCAGUUUCGAAUCUCCAUCUGGAUUUCAAGAGAUACCACCAUGAUUGAUCUUUGUCAAUCUUAUCUAUAUAGGUGAGGUGAGGCAAGGGCCUGUUUUGAUGACACUAUGCCAUGACUCACGAAAUCUGUCUUCAAUCUCAGGCUCUCUCAGGCUCAUCUUUACCUAAUCACAUCUUCACUAGGGCAAGACUCACAAUAUCAACCAGAUAUAUUAUACGGUCGAACAUACCGUUGUUUGAACGUCGGAGAUAGGGAUAUUUAGGGGCACUUAUAAGUGGUGCGCGGAGACCAAAG